UUCAUCUCAACAACAUGAGCGCCGACGCCGAUUGUCCCCAAAGCCUGCUUUGCCCCGAAGCAUCCAAUUCUAGGGAGACUUCACCAAUGCCUGAGCCUUAUGGGCCUGAAGAAGAUUACACAUCCUUGCAGAUGUCAUCUGCUGAGACAGCCGACACGGAGACUGUCUCUCCUCUUCCUUCCUCCAUGGAUCUGCUUAUUCAGGACAGCCCUGAUUCUUCCACCAGCCCCAGAGUAAAACCACUGCCCACUUCUGCAGAGAGCAGCACAGAGAAGCAGGAAGAGAAGGUCCAGGUCAAGAAACAGAAGGUCAGAACCGUGUUCUCCCAGACCCAGCUGUGUGUGCUCAAUGACAGAUUCCAGAGGCAGAAAUACCUCAGCCUCCAGCAGAUGCAAGAACUUUCCAACAUCCUGAACCUUAGCUACAAACAGGUUAAGACCUGGUUCCAGAACCAGAGAAUGAAAUGUAAGCGGUGGCAGAAGAACAACUGGCCAAGGAACAGCAGCAGCGUGACUCAGGGCUCAGCAACCACAGAACACCCGGGCCUCUAUUCUUACCACCAAGGAUGCCUGGCGAAUACUUCCGGAAACCUUCCCAUGUGGGGUAACCAGACCUGGAAUAGCCCAACUUGGAACAGCCAGACCUGGAACAGCCAGUCUUGGGGCAGUCACUCCUGGAACAGUCAGCCCUGGUGCCCCCAAGCCUGGAAUAACCAGACUUGGAACAACCAGGCCUGGAACAGUCAGUUCAGCAACUGUGUCGAGGAAUUCCUGCAGCCCCACAUCCAGCUCCAGCAAAACUCUCCUUUCAGUGAUUUGGAGGCCGCCUUGGAAAGUGCUGGGGAAAGCCAUAAUGUAAUACAGCAAGCUGCUAAGUAUGUCAGUCCCCAGCAGCAGAUCAUGGAUUUAUUCCCCAGUUACUCCAUGAACAUGCAGCCUGAAGAUGUGUGACGAU